GCGCUCGUCUGGGUGGGUGCGGAUGGGUGCUGCGCGGGAUGUCUGCCAGCCGGCCGCUAACGGAGCGCUUCGCCUCGCUCGGGGGAGUCCGGGAGCUGGCGGUAGCGUCUUUGUGAUGCUGCUAGCUCCUCGGCUGCUUCGGGAAAAAGAGUGCCGGAUCUGCUCCUGACGGCACGCGCUGCCGGCGGGGGCUGCGGCGUGAGGGCUGCCUUGGGAGGCAGAAGGCAGUGCUGCACAGCUUUUGUGAGGGGCUUUAUUUCACGUCUGACUUUUCCGUGGAAAGUCUCACGUGGAGUAGCUGUGCGUCGUCAUCAAAUAACAUUAAGCUAAAAUCUGAGCGUAAGCUUAUUCUGCUUCCAUUCGGUAUUCUGAGGCAGUGUACGCGUAUGUGAUACUUACGGGUGCUUUAGCUGUUGGAAGCUCCACAGCUUUUUAUAGAGCGCGGGUUUAGUAAAAAGGUAAAACAGCCUUCUCCGUCACUUAGUGCCAGAAGAUUUAAAUAUAAUGAUGCUGGGGGAAGGUGAGGCACAAAAGUGAUUUGCCUGAUAUUAAAACCCCGGUGUGGUGCUCUGGUCUGUAGGUGAAGUAGCACUGCUCUGAGCACAGAAGCAUGUUUCUCUUAACCUCGUCCGUCUCUUUGUACAAGAGCAAAUGCACUUAGUAUUCAUCUUUGAAUCUUCUAAUAUUUGUAUAGGUUAAAACACUUGUCAGAAUGAUGUUUUUGAUGAAGAAGCAUAGCUGACAGAAAUCAGUUGUGGAGUUUCUCUUGCCUUACCCAUGGAAGGCACUGAAUCCCAUCCAUUCGCUAUCGGGGCAGGUGUGCAGUUUGUAGAGUCGGGACCAAUACAUGGUGUGAUGCAUCUUUCUGCAUUUUACUCUCACUUGACAUACUAUGUUUUAAAGGAAAAACUCAAUCUUUUUCAAAACUGUAGUUGGAACUCUUAAAGUAAAUUCCAAAGUAUGUUUCUUCUCGCCUGAAUCUGCUCUUUUUCUCAGCUGUAUUAUAAAGGGACUGAUUAAGAAAAAUAUUUGCCAUGAGAAAGCUGUGGAAAGGAAGAAUAGUCAGAGAGGUUGGGAACUGACACAGUAGCAUGACAGAGCAUAUAAAAGGCUGUAAAUCGCCUUUCAAAAAUCAAGCUAGUAGCAAUACUGACAUUUCAUUUACAUGUCAGUGAGACAUCUGGCUCUGGGGAAAAAAAGAGGUGAUGAGGCAUGUGCUGGCUCUUCGGGCAGUUCUGCUUUUCAUUAGUUCACAUGACACAGCUCAUUAUGUUUCUUUUGAACAAAAUCACACAAAGUAAAUAAUGUGGAUUUAGAGUUUCCUUUUGGUUUCUUCAAAGUUUAUAUUUAAACACUAGAAUUUUGCUGUAUUAGCUGUCCUUGAAUUUCUGUUGAACUGUGUCAUAAAGUCUACUUUAUGAAGCUAAAUGCAAAACCUUAUAAAGGUUUUGUUGUGGUGGCAGCUAAAAUGAACGUAGUAAACCAAAAACAUGUUGGUUUUUGGUUGUUGGAGUGUUGGAGUGUUUUAUUCUAAGGCAUUUGUAGACCAAAUAAACACUAUCAGAAAGCAGUAUAAUGUUGAUAGAUUCCAGGAAGUCAUAUUUAACUGUGAGUUUAAAUGGUUUUGGCUGCAACUGAAAUAAGGUAGUGCCUUCGCAAGUACUGACGAUCUCAGCAAAAGCAGAGCAGUUUGUUUCAGACUGGUUUAGACAGUGGUAAAAACUGUUUGUUCAGGCUGUUACUCUUUGAGGAGAAUUAGGGAACAGGACUGUAAGAUCCAUGAGAAUGAGGAAGAGUACACACUGAGGAGUGUUGUGAAAGAUUGCGAGUUAUUGAUAUGUGAUACAGUAGCAAUGAGAGCCUGAUGUGAUUGAAACAACAGGGAGAGAAGAUCAUUGGCAUUUCUUUAUUGCAUAGAAUAUAACUUUCUGUAGAAGGACAUUUUUCUCAAGGUAUUGAUAGUCUGUAUAGUACAGUGUAGUUCAGUGUUCCAGAGGAGUGAGUCCCAGAUGAAAUCUGAUGCCAGGCCUGUGGAUGGGCAUCAAUCCGCAAAACCACAAAGAAGUAGAAAUUAAAAUCAAUUUUGUGAUCAGUUCAGUAGCUGCUGAACAGUCCCAUGCAUAUCUCAAAAUAUAUAGUGGUGAGCAGGGGCAUAACUUCAGUGUCAUUUACAUACUCCCCUGGAUACACUUACUUCUUUCUUACCUGUGGUCAGUGUUUCGGUAUUUCUGUUCGACUCUUAUUUUCUUCCCUGUAUUUAGGUUGACAUCUUCUCGUGACAACUGGUACAUAUGUACUGCUGGAUGUUUCUAUCACAUCCAGUGUGGACACACAGAAAAUAAACAGAUAAACAGGAUUUGAAAGCCUUAUGGGAAUACAUCUAUGCUUGAGAAUACUGACCCAGAUCUUGCAAAUACUGUGAUAGAUUUCUGACAUAAAACAUAGUCUGUGUCACCAGCAUGUGCUUACAGAAGCCUGACCUGACCCAGGUAUGAUCCUGUCGCCUUUAGCUGCUGCUUUUCAGCGAGGUUCUGUACUGAGGUACAGUUCUGCCCACAUGGUGCUGCAAAGAGGGCUUUGGUUUUUGAAUAUAAGCUGCCUUAAAAAAAUGAAACUGUUGGAUUUUUUUGUUGUGUGUGAAGAAUACAUCAUUCACAUACUGUGCAUGAAAACAAAAGUUUUAAAAACACCAGCAUUCCUUUAGUCAGUACCUCUACUUCUUAACAUUCCGUUUUUUAUGCCUUGUGCACAGUAUGUUGUUAGGCUGUAACGUGUUUUAAUGAAACUGAGAACAUUUGAAUAAAAGUACAGAUUAUAGCCCAAAUUUAAAUAUUGACAUACACAACCUAGCAAGUUGCCUAAUUUCAUAUAAGUGGAUCAUGGUUAAAAAGGAAAAAAAUACCUAUCAGUGUUGCUUCCAUUGAGGUUUUGUUGUGAAUGUAAGCAAAGAAAAUUGUCUCUUUUGAGAAACUUUGUACUGAGAAUUCGGUCAGGAAUAUUUUUAUUUCUCUGGAUUAUUUGGCCAGAUGGAUGGAAAAAGAAGCCAUGCUUUCACACAGCUUUUUGCUUUCUUUCUAGAAUCAGCUGUUUCAUGAGGAAGAAAAAACAAAAAAACAAACAAAAAAAAAUGCAGGAUGGUCUAAGUUCCCUCUGUCUUGUUUCACCAACAUAGAAAUGAAACUUCAAUUUUUAUUUAUUUAUUUUUUUUAAGGUUCAGAAUUUCUUUACCAAUCUAUUGCAGACAUCAGUAGAAGGCAAGUUCACAUAUUUUCUGCAUUUUAUCCUGCUAAACAUUAUUGGAUGCAAUUGAGAUUUAUGUCAUUGUGAGCAGUACACAUGACUACAUCGCAGCUUCCCUUAGCAGGAAAGCAUCUAGUUGCACUUCCUUCAUUAGCCAGCGGUGCUGCAGGAGGUGUUAUAUUAGCAAACAUUAUCAGGCAUUGUCUUCUGCUGGCACAUACUGAGGUAAUAACAGUUUUCCUGUUGGUGCAAACUUCGAUAUACUCAUAAGCUAAUCGGCUAACAGUUGCUCAUUACUGAUGUAUACUGCUGGUGUUUUUUGUUGAGAAUGCAGACUUACAGAGGAUACUGAGAAAACAGGGCAUCAAAGGUAUAUGCUCUGCAGAUAGCAGGGCAUGCUUAGAGGUUCAGCAGGGCUUCACCAUUCCUGACUAUCCUGGGCCACAAAGUUGUGUUUAAUGGUAGGCAUGGCACUGUAAUACUCUGUCAUGCAAUAGCAUGCUUUGCUGGGAUACGACUGUCAAUAGACAAUUGACUGCUAGAACAAGUUUUAGGCAAAAAGAUGCUUGGAAAUGUGCACAGUUACAGAAAAAAAAAGCCCCCAGAAGAUGGUGUAUAGACAUGUUGAUUGUUGUCUGUUCUAGCAUUUCGCAGACCCCUGUUUGCCAACUCUCAAAAUGUUACACAGCAGUAGCAGUCCUGCCUGGCAGCACAUACCCAAGCCACCCUUCCAUUCUAUGAGGCUGAGCCUGAAGCUCCUCACCCUGCCCAGCCACACCAACCAACCAGCAGCACUGCCCCACCUUCAGGUCAGGCUGCAGCAAUAAAAGGAAAACACAGAGAGAACAUUUGAAAAUGCAGUGGGAUCAGAGGAAUUAAUGCCUUUAUGUCUUUUUGGAGGGCUGAAAUGUGCAUGUGGGAGAAAGCGAUCAUUAGGAUGACAGUUUGGGAUGCCUGUGGAAGGUGUGGAAUAGGAAAUAGGGAAUGAAAGCAUGGUUUCUACGCACUGUAUGCAAGACCCCCAAGAGCUGAUACCAAGCAAGCCAGGUCUGGGAAAUUGUGAUGUGUUCCAAGAUAAAUUAUUUAUUUUGAUUGUGUGUUUUUGUUUAAUUGAUUCAUUGUUUGCAUUUGUUUGUUUGUUUGUUUGCUGCUUUCACUGGCACUUGGUUUGAUGACCCUUUUUUUCAUCUCUUGAUUGGAAAGAUUGGAAAAUUAUAUACAAUAAGUUUAUUAGUUCACAGAAUCAUGGAAUGGCUUGUGUUGGAAGGGACCUCAAAGAUCAUCUAAUUACAAUCCCCAGCCAUCAGCAGUAUUGCCCUUCUCCAGAUGUAGAUGCCCAAGGGUCCAUCCAACCUGGCCUUGAGCACCACCACGGACUGGACAUCCACAGCUUCUCUGAACAAUCUGUUCAUGUGAUUUAUCACUCUGACCCUUGUCAUAACUAACCUAAAUCUCCCCUUUAAGUUUAAAAACAUUUCUCCUUGUCCUGUCUUUAUCUGCAUGUGUAAAAAGUCAGUCUCCCUCUUGUUUAAAAUCUCCGUUUUAAGUACCAGAAGGCUGCAUUACGAUCUCCCCGCCUCCUUAUUUUCUCCAGACUGAACUAACCCACCUUCCUUAUCCUGUCUUCGUAGGAGAGGUGCUCCAUCCCUCUGAUCAUCUUUGUGGUUCUCCUCUGCACCCAUUUGAAAAGUUCCACAUCUUUUCUGUGCUGGGGGUCCCCGACCUGGAUGCAUUACUCUGGAUGGGGACUCAUGAGGGCAGAGCAGAGGCAGACAUUCCAUCCCUGUCCCUGCUGGCCACCCUCUUCUGGUAGAACCCAGGAUACUGUUGGCCUUCUGGGCUGCAGGUGCACACUGCUGACUCAUAUUCAGCUGUUCAUUCCACCGGAACCCCCAAGAACUUCUCUGCAAGGGUGUUCUCAGUGAAUUCUUCUCCCAGUCAGUAUAGGUACCUGAGAUUGUCCCACGCAUGAUUAGCCUUAUUGAAUCUCAGUUCAGUACAUGUGGACCCACCUUUCAAGCUUGUUCAGGUCUCUCUGGAUGGCAUCCCUUCCUUCUGUUGUAUUAAUUGCACCACGCAGCCCAAGUCAUUUAUAAAGAUGUUGAGGACCACUGGUCCCACCCAGUGCAGACCCCUGGAGAACCCCUUAGUUCCAAGAAUUCAAACAACAGUAGUUGUUACUAAGCUGAAGCAGUAGUAUUGACAAGAUUGGCUCUGAUGAUUUAAAAAAAAAAAAGAAGUCUAUCUCAUAUGAUAGUAACUCAAUGAGUUAAAAACAUGUAAACUUUCUCGAUGGAAUUUCCUUCUUUCCCCCCCCCCCCCCCCCAAAAAAAGCAAUAGCAUGCUAAAAUAAUAGAUGAAAAAGAAUGGGACUUAGUGACUUUUGCUGCUCAAAAUGCUGAAGUAGGCUGCUGGUAAUUCAGUUCAUCACAAAAACUUUUGAUAAUCUAAGUAUUUGGUCUACAGCUGCUGAUAGCAGUCCUGGAAACCUAGUUUUAUGUGUCUCCUCAGGUGUUCUUUUUUCUGCAUUAGACAAAACAUUUUUGAAUUAUCUUUUUGUCUUUCUUUAUCAAAAAUGUGGGAAACUGCAAAAUAAAUAGUUGCAUAAUUCAUAAAUAAGUGUAUUUGUGAGACUGAUAUGUUUAUUGAGGCUACCUCAUUUUCUGUUGCCAAAUUUAGUAGGUACCACAUGAGCUGUUACGAUGAAGCAUCAAAACUGAGGUAGUGAUUUCUUCCUGAGCAGUUAGCAGUUCUGGAGAUACAGCUAGAAACAGAAACAUCUUCAUGUUCUCAAAAAAACAAAUGCAACACCCCAAACCCAAUUAACCACAGGCCUCAGUAAAGAAAGAAUGGGAAAGUCCAAUCCCUUCCAUUUUGGUCUGCAGUGAACUGAAAGACAGAUGUGAAACAUACCUGUUUAAUGCCCAGACUGUUGUCUUACUGUCUAGAGCCAGACAAGGCAUGAAAUGGUUAAAGGAGCUACCUGUUUAUUUUUCAUUCCUUUCCUCCUCCUUCAUUUGUGAGCUGCUAGAAACAGAGGCAUGGUUAGAAAAUGUGUAGUUUCAUGGAAGCUUUUGAAAUUAAACAAUUAUAAAGAUGAUCAUGUUUUUCAGAAGCAAUAUUUUGAGAAACAGGAAACCUGGUUUCUGUGGAGGAGAAACUCUUCUAAUGACAGGUUAUCUAUAAUGCUACCAGAAAGUAAUUGCAUAUGAUAGCAAUGACCUUGCACUAGUGAAAAACUGCACAUUGAAAUUUUUCUUCCGCUGUUCCUUCUUUUACACAGGAGAUAGAAUGAUGCUGUCCUGAGAGAGACCUUCUCAACCUGUGUGAAGAGUACAUAAGAAAUGUCUCUUGCCUGUCCUGCAGUGGGUCUGGACAGCAAAGAAAAACAACAAACUGGUGUUUAUUUUCUGUCAUCCUAAGGAGAGAAUGGUUUAUAUUACUUUCUAAACUAAAAUUCUAAAAACCAAACAGGAGGAAUGAACGUUGGCCUUCCGUACAUUAAUUUCACGUAGGAUCAAAGAAAGUCUUCAGGAGAGGCCACAGUGCUGAAUUAAGUGUUUCAGUUGAUUUCAGAUGUGUAGCUUUCAGCAGUGCUGAGGCCCCUGACUCCAGCUACUGUAGGUAAGAAAUGCAUACCAAGUGCUCUAGGAAACAUCAAACAUUGUGUGUUUUGUUUCAACUGUGUGUGCCAAUUUGCAUCAAAUUAGGCUUUCAAAAAUGAAUGCAUCCAUUAAAAUGGCAAGGGUUUAUUAAAAAAUGUUUCACUGUUCUUGUUUUUCCACAGCCAGAUUGCCCUGGCCUGUCCAAGAGCAGACUGCACAUUUUUCUUUGCGUGUCAGUAAUACAUCUACUAAAGCUGCAGCUGGGCUGUGCACUGGGAAGAAUUCUGAAGGUGGGGAUCAAGUUCCAGCAGACACAUGGAAGUGCAAAGAAGUAAGGCAGUACAAAGCACUAUCUUGCCACGUCCAGUAUUUCUGGUGCCCAAGUUUUCUUGAGACCAACGCAUACGCCAGAUCAUAGCUAUGAGUGAUUUAUAAACAAGUGAUAACUAAGUUCAAAUUAACAGUAAGUGUUUUUAGCUUUAUCUUGGUGACGUAAAUAAAGGAUGGGUGUGGUAGGUAAGUUCUGUCCAAAAAGGUUGCUAAUUUAUUCUUCCCACUGCAAUCCUUUUCCAGUUAGUACCAGCCUAGUAAUAAUGCAUUUCAGUAUUUUCUUUCUCAGUUUUCAGACUUGUCUCUGAGAUCUCAUUCUUCUGUAGAUCCUUUUAUGUUUUUUCUUACAAAGUUAUCUAUAUUUGUUCAUAUUCUCAAUUUUUUAACAUUUACUUCUGUUAAAUCUUUCAGUUCUUCUGUGUUUCUCUGCUUCUGCAAGGACAUGUAGCCAGUGCUCUUUGAAGACCAUGUGGGUUGACGUUCAUAUUUACAUACAUUUGUACAAAUAGUGCUCUAAGAGUCAGUGAAUCCUGAAGAAUAAAAGAUAAUUGUCACUGAUAAAAUUUCAGACCUUCACUGUAUGAUAAUCUAACAUUCCUUGCCAUGUGUCACUCUGUUCUCUAGAUAACCUCCUCAGCACACUGGGAAUGGACAGGCAAGCAGCGCUGCCUUCCAACAGGUGGUUGUACCAAGGCAGGUAUUUCAUGAAAAUAGGACAGCCUAGAACUGCCUCUGCUAUCUCAGAAUCCAUCUGUAGGCCCUUUUUUUGGUUUCUGUUUUCCCUUUCAAUUAAUCCUGGGUUCUGCUUAUUUUGCAAAAGCAGCGAGGGCUUUUUUGCACCAAGGCUGAGAGGAACACACCAGGAGGAAACAUCACUUUGCAACACAACCACAAGAUACUUACUUUAAAACCCUUUAAAAGCUGAGCUGCAAGUGAAGUUGAAGCAUACAGUAGCGCAGCCUGCAUUGUGCCAAACUUGACUGGUAUGCGGUGUUGGUAUGUGUGGGUUUUCCUUCUGCAAUCAAUUACUUUAAUGGUAAGAAGUCAUACUCGUGGUGCAUGUCUGUAUUGGCAAAACUGUUCCAGAUAAAGAACUGGCAUCUAUUUAUAUCAUAAGUCGUGGCGUCGCAGGCUGCAAGCCUACAAAUUCACGCUGCACAUGAGGCAGUCGGUCCUUGCAGGAGGGGCUACACCUGCUGCAGGCAGCACGCACGUGCCCACUAACCAGGUACCAACUCUAACGCACUCCUAACGCACCUCGCUACGACUGCCUGCCCAAACCUUACACGCACGUGCCGGGCGAUGGAGAAGCGAUCUCGGUUACUCCCACGACCGUGAAGGGCAGAUGAGUGUGUGGGUGCGUGACACCAACACCGCGGUACCCAGACGGGCUCGGUCCGGGGAUGCGCGAUGGGAUCUGUAGCCGCCUUCCUCCGCAGGUGCCUCCCCUCCUUGGUGCGCUCGCCCAGAUCCGCGCUUCCCCUCGGAAUCCUCCAAAGGGUCCGGGAUCGGGCAGGGGGUGCCGGGCGCGGAGCGGGGCGCGGCGGGUCGGAGCCGGCGGCGCGGGCGGCUGAGCCCUCCCACCUCGCUCGAUUUCGGCGAGGAAGGUGAAACGCGGAAGUUGCCAGCCGGAGCUGUCAGACGGCCUCCGGCUUUGCAGCCUGCAGCAUGCAGCACCGAUAAAAGCACCGAGGCGGGCACCCUGCCGUGCGUGCAGUCGACUCCUGCGCCCUCCGCAUGGCGACGUUACCCGCCGCUGACCGGAGGGCGUUCGCCCUGAAAAUCAACAGGUACUCCUCUGCAGAAGUAAGAAAGCAAUUUACCCUCCAACCAGGCUUUGCACAGUUCUGUCAGCGUAGUUUAAGUACUCCUGGCUUUUCUACUCUUCAUCUGCCUUCCUUUUAUGAUGCAGUAGACCCAGUAGAUUUCGAAGGCUUCCUGAUGACACAGCUGAACAACUUGGACUCAGAAAUGGCACAUGAACUUGGUGAUUUUCCUGAAGAUGACUUGGACAUUGUCUUUACACCUAAAGAAUGCAGGACUCUGCAGCCUUCUAUGCCAGAAGAUGGGGUUGAGCUGGAUUCACAUGUACGAGACUGUGUUCAGACCUAUAUCCGGGACUGGCUGAUUGUGAAUAGAAAGAACCAAGGGAACUCAUACAUUUGCAGUUUGAAAAAUAAGGGAUCCCGAAAAGAUUUUCACAAGCAUCUGCAGAAACAAACGUUUGAAUCAGAAACUUCAGACUCUAGUGAAGCAAGCUUUCAGGUCGGGCCCAGGGCUGUGCACAUGCUCCCUGAGGACACCUCCAAGACUGCUCCAGCCUCCUCUGACUUUGACCUGCGCAGCCUGCAGCCGGAUCCCCGUCUGGAAAACCUGCUGCGGCAUGUCAGUGCAGAGGAGUUUGAGAGGCAGAAUGAGGAAGCCCGACGAACCAACAGGCACGCUGAGCUCCUUGCCCUCUACCCGUCUGUGGAUGAGGAAGAUGCAGUGGAAAUACGCCCAGUGCCAGAUCGCCCAAAGGAACACCUGGGCAACAGGAUUCUGGUAAAGCUGCAGACUCUGAAGUUUGAUAUAGAGAUUGAGCCUUUGUUUGCAUGCAUAGCUCUCUAUGAUAUAAAAGAAAGAAAAAAGAUCUCUGAAAAUUUCCACUGUGACCUGAACUCUGAUUCAUUAAGAGGAUUCUUGCGUUCUCAUACACCCUCCACCGACUUGUCUACUCUGGCAAGAUCAGCAGUGUUUUCUGUCACUUAUCCCUCAUCAGAUAUAUACUUAGUAAUAAAGAUAGAAAAAGUGCUUCAGCAAGGAGAAAUUGGAGAUUGUGCAGAACCCUACAUGGUUCUUAAAGAAAAUGAAACUGGCAAGACAAAAGAAAAGAUUGAAAAACUGAAAGCCCAAGCUGAAUGCUUUUGUCAACGACUAGGGAAAUACAGAAUGCCAUUUGCCUGGAUUCCCAUAAGUCUAACUAAUUUCUUCAAUGUUUCCACACUCGAACGAGAAGUAUCUGAGGCUGAAGGUUUGAACGGGAAAGGAUCAACUAGUGAGAAGAGGGCAACACUAUUACAAGCAAGAAGACUUUCUGAGAGAAGUCUCAGCACUGAGGACAGUUAUCCAGUGUCAAACUUCAAAACUGUCUCCCUGACCCACAGUACUUUCUUUAAACAGGAAGGAGACAGGCUUAGUGAUGAAGAUCUGUUCAAAUUUUUAGCUGAUUUCAAAAGAUCAUCUUCCUUGCAGAGACGAAUUAAGACUUUACCAGGAACACUUAAACUGGAGAUCUCUCCAGCUCCUGAAAACCUUGGUUACUGUCUGACACCAGAAUUGCUACCAGUGAAACCCUUCCCAGAAAAUCGUAGUCGUCCUCACAAAGAGAUUUUGGAAUUCCCAAUUAGAGAAGUGUAUGUUCCCCAUACUAUUUAUAGAAAUCUCCUCUAUGUUUACCCCCAAAGGCUGAAUUUUGCUAACCGACCAGCUUCUGCAAGAAACAUUACCAUCAAGAUCCAGUUUAUGUGUGGUGAAGACCCGUCUUGUGCAAUGCCGGUAAUUUUUGGAAAAUCUUCAGGUCCAGAAUUUGUGCAAGAGAUAUAUACAGCUAUCACAUAUCAUAACAAGUCUCCUGACUUUUAUGAAGAAGUGAAAAUAAAACUGCCAGCAAAACUCACGGAGAAACACCAUCUAUUGUUCACUUUCUAUCAUAUCAGCUGCCAGCCAAAGCAAGGAGCAUCUGUGGAAACUCUCAUUGGAUAUUCAUGGCUGCCAAUUCUGUUAAAUGAUCGUCUUCAAACAGGACAUUAUUGUCUUCCUGUUGCAUUGGAUAAGCUGCCAUUCCACUAUUCAAUUCACUCUCCUGAGAAAGUCCCAUCACAGACACCACCUAUCAAAUGGGUUGAAGGACACAAAGGUGUUUUCAAUAUUGAAGUGCAAGCUGUUUCAUCUGUUCAUACCCAGGACAAUCACUUGGAGAAGUUCUUCACUCUUUGCCAUUCUCUGGAAAGUCAAGUGACCUUCCCCAUUCGACUGAUGGACCAGAAGAUCACUGAGGCUACACUGGAACAUGAACUGAAACUCAGCAUUAUCUGUUUGAAUUCUUCACGACUGGAACCUCUUGUUUUAUUUUUACAUCUGGUACUAGAUAAACUUUUCCAGCUAGCUGUACAGCCUAUGGUCAUAGCUGGCCAGACAGCUAACUUCUCACAGUUUGCCUUUGAAUCUGUGGUUGCAAUAGUGAACAGUCUCCACAACAGCAAAGACCUGAGCAAAGAUCAGCAUGGGAGGAACUGCCUCCUGGCAUCGUAUGUCUACUAUGUAUUUCGCCUGCCAGACCCCCAAAAAGAAGUGCCAAAACUAGGUGCAGGGGGCAGUGCUGCUCUGACGGAGUCUCGUUAUUACACAUUUGGACGCACUUCUGCAGUGUCUGUCGGGAGUAAAUUACUGCAGAGCCGAGUGAUAAGCUGCAGCAAUCCUGACAUCACUGUUACACAGUCAGCUGCUGAUGAAGAGGUCAAAAACAUCAUGUCAUCCAAGCCUGCAGAUCACAGCUCCAGUCGGAUGUCGUUUUACAUUGAAGGAACAAAUGACACGCCAGGUGUAUGUGCAAGCCCAAGACCAUCCAGUAAAAAGCAUUUCCAUGAGGAGUUGGCACUGCAGAUGGUGGUCAGCACGGGUAUGGUGAGAGAGGCUGUCUUCAAAUAUGCCUGGUUCUUCUUUGAACUCCUGAUAAAGAGUAUGGCUCAGUACGUUCACAGUAUAGACAAGCAAGACAAUGUACGAAGAAGCCGGUUCUCUGACCGUUUCAAAGAUGAUAUUACCACUAUAGUUAACGUGGUUACUUCUGAGAUUGCUGCACUUUUAGUCAAACCCCAGAAGGAAAAUGAACAAGCAGAAAAAAUUAACAUCAGCCUGGCCUUUUUCCUGUAUGAUCUUCUUUCUUUAAUGGACCGAGGAUUUGUGUUUAAUCUCAUCAAACAUUACUGUAAUCAGCUCUCAAACAAGCUGAAUUCUCUUUCCACCCUGAUUUCCAUGAGACUGGAGUUCCUGAGAAUUCUCUGCAGCCAUGAGCACUACCUGAACCUAAACCUCUUCUUCAUGACCUCUGCCUCUACGCCAGCAUCUCCUUCACCCUCUUUGUCCUCACAGAAUUCUAGCUCCUGCUCCAGCUUCCAGGACCAGAAGAUUGCUGGUAUGUUUGACCUCUCAUCAGAAUACCGUCAGCAGCACUUUCUGACUGGAUUACUCUUUACAGAAUUGGCAGCAGCACUGGACGCAGAUUGUGAGGGGAUUAGUAAGGUGCAAAGAAAAGCAGUCAGUGCUAUCCUUAGCCUGCUGAGUUCCCAUGACCUAGACCCACGUUGUUCCAAAAAAGAGAUGAAGAUUAAAAUUGCUGCUCUCUACCUCCCUUUGGUUGGUAUAAUUUUGGAUUCACUUCCACAGCUCCAUGACUUUACAAUUUCAGAUGCCCGCAGCGGAAAGGGGCGCACAGGAAACCCAGAAGAAGAACAGGAGUCUGCAGGUGCAAUCAGUCAAAAUGUGGCACUUGCUAUUGCAGGGAAUCAGUUCAACCUCAGGAGCUCUGGAACAUCUCUGACGUCCUUGUCCUACAGGCAGAGUGCCACAUUAAGUCCUGAUACUACUCGCAACCUUCUGAUCUGUUUCCUCUGGAUCAUGAAAAAUGCUGAUCAGAAUCUAAUACAGAAAUGGAUUGCAGACCUUCCAUCCAUGCAGCUAAACAGGAUCUUAGACCUCCUUUUUGUUUGUGUUUCGUGCUUUGAAUACAAGGGCAAACAAAGCUCAGAUAAAGUUAGCAACCAAGCACUCCAGAAGUCCAGAGACGUUAAAGCCAGAUUAGAAGAGGCUUUGCUGAGAGGUGAAGGAGCCAGAGGAGAAAUGAUGAAGCGCUGCAGAAUACCAGCUGGGAAUGACAGGUCAGCAGGACUAAAUGAAAACCUGAGGUGGAGAAAGGAGCAGACUCACUGGCGGCAAGCAAAUGAGAGACAAGAUAAGACAAAAGCAGAGCUAGACCAAGAAGCUCUCAUCAGUGGAAACCUGGCAACUGAAGCUAACCUGAUCAUUCUUGACAUGCAAGAGAACAUCAUCCAGGCAAGCUUUGCAGCAGAGUGCAGAGACAAUCUUUUGGGAGGAGUUUUGAAGGUCCUGGUAAAUUCUCUUGGCUGUGAUCAGAGCACCACUUACCUGACUCACUGCUUUGCUACACUCAGAGCACUCAUUGCUAAGUUUGGAGAUUUCCUGUUUGAAGAGGAGGUGGAACAGUGUGCUGACCUCUGUCAAAGAGUUCUCCAUCACUGCAGCAGCAGCAUAGAUAUCACACGGACUCAAGCCUGUGCUACUCUUUAUCUCCUCAUGAGAUACAGCUUCAGCUCUACCAGUAAUUUUUCAAGAGUAAAGAUGCAGGUAACCAUGUCACUAGCUUCUUUGGUUGGCAAAUCACCCGAGUUUAAUGAGGAAUUCCUUCGACGAUCUUUACGAACUAUCCUGGCCUAUGCAGAGGAAGAUGCAGAUAUGCAGGCAACUCCGUUUCCCCUUCAGGUAGAGGAGCUGCUGUGUAAUCUGAACAGCAUCCUGUCAGACACAGUGAAAAUGAGGGAAUUUCAGGAAGAUCCAGAAAUGCUCAUGGACCUUAUGUACAGAAUUGCCAAAGGGUACCAGACAUCACCCGACCUGAGACUGACUUGGCUGCAGAACAUGGCAGAGAAGCACACCAAAAGGAAGUGCUACACAGAAGCAGCUAUGUGCCUCAUCCAUGCUGCUGCACUGGUGGCAGAGUACCUCAGCAUGCUUGAAGAUCGCAGCUAUCUCCCAGUGGGCAGUGUCAGCUUUCAGAACAUUUCAUCCAAUGUGCUGGAGGAAUCCGCUGUUUCAGAUGAUGUUCUGUCUCCAGAUGAAGACGGUAUAUGUUCUGGGAGAUACUUCUCAGAAAGUGGCCUUGUAGGGUUACUAGAACAAGCAGCAGAACUCUUCAACACGGGAGGGUUGUAUGAAACUGUGAAUGAAGUGUACAAAAUUGUCAUCCCCAUACUGGAAGCACAUCGAGACUUCAGGAAGCUUACCUUGACACAUAGCAAGCUACAGAAGGCCUUUGACAGCAUUAUUAAUAAGGGACAAAAGCGAAUGUUUGGAACUUACUUUCGUGUUGGUUUCUAUGGAUCCAAAUUUGGUGACUUAGAUGAACAGGAAUUUGUUUACAAGGAGCCUGCAAUUACCAAACUUCCUGAGAUUUCUCACAGAUUAGAGGGAUUUUAUGGCCAAUGCUUUGGGGAAGAUAGCGUGGAAGUGAUUAAAGACUCUGCUCCUGUCGACAAAAGAAAGCUGGAUCCCAAUAAGGCAUACAUACAGAUUACUUUUGUGGAGCCAUAUUUUGACGAAUAUGAGAUGAAAGACAGGGUAACUUACUUUGAAAAGAACUUCAACCUCUGUCGGUUCAUGUACACUACGCCUUUCACCAUGGAUGGGCGCCCUAGAGGAGAACUUAGUGAGCAGUACAAGAGGAACACCAUUUUGACCACAAUGCAUGCUUUCCCCUAUGUCAAAACUAGAAUAAAUAUCAUCCAAAAAGAAGAGUUUAUUUUAACACCAAUUGAAGUUGCUAUUGAAGAUAUGCGGAAAAAAACACAAGAACUAACUGCAGCUACGAACCAAGAGCCACCAGAUGCUAAAAUGCUACAAAUGGUUUUGCAGGGCUCAGUUGGAGCCACUGUAAAUCAGGGACCACUAGAGGUAGCACAAGUGUUCCUGGCUGAAAUUCCAGCAGACCCCAAACUUUAUCGACAUCACAACAAACUGAGGUUGUGCUUCAAAGAGUUUAUAAUGAGGUGUGGUGAAGCAGUGAAUAAAAACAAGCACCUUAUUACUGCUGACCAGCGGGAAUAUCAGCAAGAACUCAAAAAGAACUAUGGGAAGCUAAAGGAGAACCUUAGGCCCAUGAUUGAGAGAAAGAUCCCAGAGCUGUACAAACCUGUAGUGAAAGUUAACAGCACCAGGGAAUCGUUUCGUAACCAGAGUUUCAGGAAGUAUGAUGCCCAGACUUCACAGAGCACCUAAGGACUAGCUGCUUCUGCCAAGGAAGAGCUUUGUGCCACAAGCCAGAAGUAUUCAACACCAGUAAAAUCAUAAAUCUCCUCAUACAGAACAGCAUGUGUGCUUUCUGGACAGCAUACAGAAAAGCAUUUACAUGUGAUCUCAGAAGACUCCAAAUCAUCUGUAAAUCAUGAGGGCUUGGAAGGGAGGGGUUGCUUUUUAGAUGCUUUUGCAUUUAUUGUAAAAUAGUCAUGUAAUGCCAAGGAUGGAUGCCAUUGGAAGGGUCAGUGGCAUGAUACUGGUCACCACUGACAGACUCAGAACUCUGUGAGGGUUGGCUGAGGCGUUACAUGAAUCCAGACAAGAUGUCUACUGAGUGCUAAGGAAUGAUGUCUAUUUACUUUCCUUUUCCAAAAACAGCAUUUGUCCUUGUCCACUUGGCGGGAGAGCACAUUCUGCAAGUUAAUCACAUGCUUAAAUGUUUUCUUAAUGACAGGGGACAUAGGUACCUGCUCAGUGUCCGCUGAGCUGGAGCUUUAGUUAGGAAAAAUUCCCUUGGGCAGUUUCUGUCACUAGUUUCCAUCACAGUCUUUAACUGCCGAGAGAGUUCUGCACAAAUUCUUUCACCAAAGCUCAGAAAAUAGGAAGUAGCAGCAAGGAAUUUUUACAGAUUUUUUAAAAAUGUUUAAAUGUAGAGACAGUUACUUGACACACAGUUGGAUUUCUUAAUAAUUAAUGUCAUGUUUAGCAAAGCUAACGAGUAAUAGUUUAAAAUAGAAGGCGCUAAGCUAUGUAAUUUUUGUGAUUUUUAUUAUGUAAUGCUAUUAUGUAAAUAACCUUUUUCAAAGUUACAGCAUGCAAUGAGAGAAUUUCCUACAGUGCACUUACUCAGGCUUUACUGCAUCUUUGGAGAAAUUAGCACGUAAUUUAUGAUGCCCAAUGCUUAGAAUUUUCUGAGCCCUGGACAAAUAUUUUACUAAAUAAUUUUCACAGCACUUCUCUGAAGUAAGGAAAUAUUACUGCUAUUUUGCAGAUGGGGAUAAGGAUGUUGGUACGCAACAAAAGCUGUUAAGACUUCAGAACUCAUUUAGUGAGGCCACGGCAGAGUCACAGUUUGCACUGUGUUUACUGUGUAAUGCUUAUGUUUUGAAAUAAAAUUCCCUCGAUAUUA